AUGUUGCUGAAUGCUACAAGACUGUGUGGCUUAAAAGAUGGUGAUCUUUCUAUGUGCGCCACGAUCUCACGGAGCGCUGUUUCUGUGGACAACAAUACGUAUGCACGACCCUGUAAUAAUAAUAAUAGAUUGGCGCUUACACAUGUAAAUAUGCUGCAAAAUUCAGACAACGCCAUGCAGUGCAAUAUACGCUAUACUGUCACGCUCUAUAAGGCAGUGCUGACCAAGAAGAGUGACUAUCUCAUACAAGUAUCCUUUGCUGGCAACCAUGGCAAGACUAAUGUAUGCAAGGGCACUGCCCAACCGGAGUGGAAUUUCGCGGUGUGCUUCUCAUGGACUUUCCCAUCGCUAUCGCAGACCUUUGUCGUACAGAUUUUGUCCCAUGAACAUCUGCAGUGGAAAGCUAUCGCUGACUAUGAAAUACAUUUCGAUGAGAUCGCAUUCAAAGAUAAGCCGGCACUGGGUCCUACAUAUGUGCAUUUCUACGAUAUAGCCAAUCCACUGCAAUACCUCGGCCGACUUUUGGUGGAGGUGGUUUCAGAGUGUCUACCGACCGGUCCGGCACGCGAUCUCUUAACAAGGCCCGUCGCACCACUGGAUGAGAAACGUUGGUGGCAGGAGGAGACAUUUCUAGUGGAAUUUCUACCAUUACAAGGCGACUUUGUGCAUGGCAAUUUUAGUAACUGCAAAAUUUCUAUGAGACUCGCAGAGAGUACUUCUAAUUAUGUGGAAUGCUAUCUGAAAAGCUAUCCCGGAAAGACUACCAGCUCUGGCACUACUUUGAAAUACUUUCGCCAAGAAGCGCCCUAUAAAGCGGCUUACUUAAAAAUUACAAUGCCCGAUAAUCGAUAUAAAUUCGACAGCGAUUAUUAUAUGCAAGAAAUUUUGGAUCUAAUAGAAUCAGAGCUAAAAGCCUUCAAACUCUUUCAAAUUAAAUACACCAACCAAUUUUUGCUCCAAGCCAAAUGCUUCAAAGCCAUUAUAAUGAAUUUGCAAAACAAACUAAAUGAGGGUGUCGAUGAAAAGCGACUUCAAUAUACCGGGUUCAAAGAUGCCACCAUGUGGGACACAAAUCGUUUGGUCUAUGUUAAUGCCUUCUUCGAAAAGUUUCCCGAGAAGCUACGCGCUAUGCGUCAAAAGCUCAAAUCAGCGCCCGCAAUGCUAAUCGAUUCCACCAUCUCAGAGGUGGUAGAUCAAAUGGUCUCACAUUCCAAUGAACUAAAAAGUCUUUUGGCCACUACACGCUUGCAGGAUGAGUGGCCCACGCUUAUGAUCAUGCUGAGCGUAUCGGGAAAUCGGGACAUUGCAGUUUGCCGGCUAAAUGCCAAGUACUUUUUAAAUACGCCAAAAGACAUACCGCCCAGCCCGAAUAGUUUAUGUUGGCGCAUGCGUAAUUUUAUAUUCAAGGAUAUUCAAUGUCAGCACAGCUGCAUCAACUGUGGCUGCAAUAUGGGCAUUAUACAAGGUUCACUUGGCAUUGUGGUUGAUAGUGAACGCACCGAAUAUUUGGCUACUAUAACCAACGAUUGGAAACAAACUGAGCUCUAUUAUUGGUCACCCAUUGUUGCCUACACCGUCUACAAAUGUCGCAUCUUUAUACAUCAAGCGAAAAUUCGACCAGGCAGCGAUAGCAGUGGGCUUUGUGAUGGCUAUCUACGUGUCAUCUUUGGCUCGCAGUGGGCACAAACAUCUACGGUAGAGGCGACACUCUCACCAAUAUGGAACUGUGUGAUCUGCUUUGAUGUCGUUGUGCUGCCAGGCAGCAUGCAAUGGUACUUGAAAAAUCCGCCACUUGUAGCUGUUGAACUGUACGAUCGCGAUCGUCUAACGGCCAAUGACUAUCUUGGAAGUGGUAGUGUGCCAGUCUCAGUGAUAGGUAUGAAAGAGGCAGAUGAGAGCGCACGCGAGGAACCAGAAAAUAGAUUUAAGCUAAAUAAAAUGGUGAAGACCAGAAACGCUAUGCAGAAAUUUCAUAAACUGAAAAUUCUAUCACCGCCACCGCUAGCUUGGGUGCCGAUCGCUCAGAAUGGCAGUGUACGAGCUGAGGUAUUGAUGUCUGCGGAGCUAGUAGAGACGCAAGAAGAAAUGGGGAAACUAGAAAUGGUGGAGCCGACCAUCACAACGGGUAUACCGUCGGGCAUAAGACCGAUUAUGAAGAACUUUGUGUUAGAAGUGGUUUUCAUUGGUUUUCGAAAUUACACAAAAACAACUUUUGGUGGCAGACAUCGAAUCAAAGUUAUGAUGGGUGAUUUGCUGCUUACGAGUGGACUUUCGUCGACACGCUUGAAGAAUAGCAUUAACUUUUUAGUUAUAUUUGCUUCUGGAGUUGUGAGCCUGCCUGAGCAGCUGGAAUAUUGGCCU